AUGGCAGGGUCACUACUCAAGAACGCCAACACCAAUGGCUGGAUUGUGCAAAAGUUUGGUGGCACAAGCGUGGGCAAGUUCCCGGAUAAAAUCGCAGAAGAUAUUGUUAGAGAAUGGGUCAAGAACAAUCGGAUAGUUGUCGUCUGCUCAGCGCGCAGCACCGGCAAGAAGGCCACAGGAACCACCAGCAGGCUACUCGAGGUCUACAAGAAGCUGAAAGGCAUCGGCGCGGCGGCAAGCGACCACGAGGUGCAGGAGGAACUGCUCAACGAUGCGACGCACCUCGUGCAAGAGAUCCUCUCCGAUCACCUGUCAGCGGCGGACACCUUCGUGCGCGACGCCCAGCUGCGCGCUGCGCUCAAGGACGACACCGAGCGCGAGUGUCAGCUGCUGAUCGACUACCUGGGUGCAGCUAAGCGCUUCAACCUCGAGAUCAACUCGCGCGCCAAGGACCGCGUCGUCAGCUUCGGCGAGAAGCUCUCCUGCCGCUUCAUGACUGCCCUGCUCAAGGACCGUGGCGUCGAUGCCGAGUAUGUCGAUCUGGCAGACCUGCUGCACCAGGACAGCCCCUGCCGUCUGGACCAGCAUUUCUACCGCCGUGCCGCCGACGGCAUCAGCAAGAAGAUCGAGGCCUGUGAGGACCGCGUGCCCGUCGUCACUGGCUUCUUUGGCAAUGUUCCCGGCGGCCUGCUCGACGGCGACAUUGGCCGGGGCUACACCGACCUGUGCGCGUCGCUAGCCGCCGUUGGCCUCAAGGCUGAGGAGCUGCAGAUCUGGAAGGAAGUGGACGGCAUAUUCACGGCGGAUCCGACCAAGGUGCACACGGCGCGCCUCAUCCCCUCCAUCACGCCCGCCGAGGCCGCCGAGUUGACCUUCUACGGCUCCGAGGUCAUCCACCACCUCACCAUGGACCAGGUCAUCAAGGCUAUCCCGCCCAUCCCCAUCCGCAUCAAGAACGUCAAGAACCCGCGCGGCGACGGUACCAUCGUCAAGCCGGACCCGCUGCUGGCUGCGGACCAGCAGAUCCAGCGGUCGCGAGGUAAUUCUGAUCCUAACGUCCGGAAGAAGCCGAAGAGGCCUACGGCCGUGACGUGCAAGGACAAGAUCUCCAUCAUCAACAUCCACAGCAACAAGCGCGCGAUUGCACACAUGUUCUUGGCAAGGGUGUUCUCGAUCCUGUCGCAGCAGCGGAUUUCGGUCGAUCUCAUCUCGACGAGUGAGGUGCAUGUCUCCAUCGCCGUGCACACGGCCAACUCGGAGCUGGGCAAUUUUGAUCGCGCCGUGCAGCAGCUUAGGGAGGAGUGCGGUGAGGUUAGUGUGUUGCACGACAUGACUAUUGUUAGCCUGGUCGGGGCGGAGAUGAAGAAUAUGACGGGUAUUGCGGGGAAGAUGUUUUCCACGCUCGGUGAGCAUGAGAUUAAUAUUGAGAUGAUCUCGCAGGGUGCGAGCGAGAUCAACAUCUCGUGCGUCAUCGACGCGAAGCAUGCUGAGCGCGCCAUGAACAUCUUGCAUACCAGCCUCUUCACCUUCCUUGACUAG